UCAGCACUUACGCUCAAGACUUUCUCUCACCUGUGGGGAAGGGGUUGUUAAUUCCCACCACUUCUCCUACCGCCUACCAGUUUUCCUCUUCUCUGUCUCUCUCUCUCAUCACCAGCUGCAUGGGAUGCGAAGUUCCAAAAAAUCUGCAACUCUCCAAGACACCAACUUGCCAUUUUUAUGGCUUUCUUGAGGUACCCAUCUUCUCGUGUCUCCACAUCUUCUCUCUCAUCCUCUCUCCCCCUGUCCUCCAAAUUUCCCUCUCCAAAACUCAAUCAAACCUUCUCUUCCCCCCUCUUUCUUGAACAGACUGCCUCUAGUUUUCUGCUUUCAGGCCUCUCUUUGCUUUUCCACUAGUAGGUUUCUUUUUCAAUUUCUUGAUGAUCUUUCUGAGGUAGAAACUCCAAAAGUCACAUCUUUAUGUAUCUUGGAGAUUUCAAAGUCAAAACCCAAAACCCAUUUCUUUUGGUUAGGGUUUCUGAUCUUUUUGUAGAUCUCCCAAGCCAAAGGUUUUUCUUUGGUUCUCAUAAGUUUUUUCAGAUACCCAACUUUAUUUUCUAGAAUCUAUGUAGUUGAAGGUGGAUCCUAAACUAGCUCUGUAAAUUAUAGGAAGAUUGUGGCUUUUUGUUAGAUUUGCUCCAAGAUUGAAGCUUUCAGGCAAUUGUGUUAAUUGGGUCUAAACCCUGAUGCCAGUAAUUUGGGGGCAUCUUUAGCUGCUGUAAUUCGGGUUUUUUUAUAGUUCUGAUGUUUUGUUAAGCCCAAUUGAUGGUUAUUAUCCAAAACAUGGCUGCAAAUGGGCACUGUUUCGUGGAGUGGAAAGAGCAAUUUGUUUCUAAGGAGCGGGGUAACCGUGUGGUUCACUACUUUUUGAAGGAUAUUUCAGGGGAGUCCAUUCUUGCUGUUGUUGGCACUGAAAGGAGUGUUAGGCACAUGUUCUAUGUUGUUUCUGAGGAGUUCUUGAAUGUUCAAGGGGCAGACAAUUCGGUCCAUGCCGGUUUCAGAUGGAGAUCUAGGAGAGAGGUUGUUAAUUGGCUCACAUCUAGGCUAUCAAAGCAGCACCGGCACAGCGAUCGGUCCAACAAAUUGCAGAAGGAUGAUCUGAUAGCUGAAGCCAGCGGUGAACAGACCCCCCUGCCUGACUAUAGGGGCAGUUUGGCAAGGAACUUGAAAGGACACAGUUCAGAUAUUGCGUGGUCAGGUGUUUCCUGGACAUGCGGAAAACAACUCAAGCACUACCCAGCAUUUUGCAGAAAUGGGAUUAAAAUAGCGAUCCAUUCCUUUGUCUUUGUCAUGGCUGAAGAAGGAAAUCAUUACCUUGCAUAUAUAGAAGAUAUGUAUGAAGAUAGGAAGGAACAGAAAAAGGUCAAAGUAAGGUGGUUUCAUCGUACUCAAGAAAUCAAGCGUGUGAUUUCCCUACGAAAUCCUCAUCCAAAAGAAGUUUUCAUUACACCUUAUGCACAGGUCAUAAGCGUGGAGUGUGUGGACGGUUCCGCCAUAGUCUUAGCUCCUGAAGAUUAUGAGAAAUGUCUUGCUGGUUUUCCAAGUACUUUGGUAGCCAGAUUACACCUUUGCUAUCGGCAAUUCAAAAGCAAUCGUGUGAAGCCCUUCAAACUGAGUAAACUACGUGGCUACUUUGAUCAGCCAAUUUUCUCGUGUUUGGAUCCUGAUUUUGACGAUGAGGAGCUUAGCCCAGGGGACAAUGUACAGGUGGGAGUUAAAAGAGCACAAAGAGCUAGAGAGUGGCAGAUGUUGACAUGUGAGUCAUCAUUUCGGAACUUGAAGAGGAGAAGACUAAUUUCCCACAAUUUUAAGGUUAAUGAAAAGGUAGAGUUGCUUUGUCAAGAUAGUGGUAUCAGAGGUUGUUGGUUCAGGUGUACAGUCUUGCAGGUUUCCCAGAGACAGUUGAAAGUGCAAUAUGAUGAUUUGAAGGAUGAAGAUGGGUGUGGCAAUCUUGAGGAAUGGGUCCCUGCUUUUAGACUGGCAAUGCCUGAUAAACUUGGAAUGAGAUGCCCAAGUCGCCAAACAAUCAGACCUUCCCUCUCUCAUGAUCAGAUAGAUCUUUCCCUUGAGGUUGGAGCUCCAGUGGAUGCUUGGUGGAGCGAUGGCUGGUGGGAAGGUGUGGUGGCUGGAAUUGUUGACUCUGGAGAUGAAACUCUGCAAGUUUACGUUCCCGGUGAAGAUUUACUUCUGAGUGUAAUUAGGAAGAACCUAAGAGUUUCAAGAGAUUGGAUGGGAGACCAGUGGGUUGAUAUUGAGGCGAAUCGCGACAUUCUUUCAGCCAUAUCUGCUGUUGUCAGCCAGGAUACUAAGGUUUCAGCAUCCCCAAAGGAGCCCAACUCUGAUGAUUUGCUCAAGUUAUGCCAUGAAGCUCCCAUCAGCACCAAACUUGAUGUAGUCAAGGAGAAGGUUGAGCCUUUAGAUGAUUUCGUCCCUUGUGAUUACGUUUCAAGAGAUAUGGACCAAGUGAAUGAUGAGAAGCAGCUGGUGGUUGAAGAAAGAGACGAUAGUAAUAUGGGUGAUGAAAGUCCAGAAAAAGACAAUGCCGAGCAUGCUCAUAGUAAUCAUGACAAUGUUGAAGACCAGAAUGAUGAUGAUGAUGAUGAUGCUGAUGCUGAUGCUGACAACGGUGGUGGCGUUGGCAAUGGGGACAGGGACGUGGACGAAAAUGGGCACACGUUAGACGAGUUUGAGAUUGCUGGGCAGAAAUGUGAAGCAGAGUUGUUGGAAGUGGUUGCAUAGUGCCUUGAAUCGGCGAGACACGCUGGCAUUACUUGAUGCAAAAAGGUGAUGUGUACUAGUAUAUACGGACGUGUAUAUAUAAAGAAAAUCUUGUUUGGGCUUCCACUGCAAGUUUGAUUUAACCGAAGUAGUUUUAGGUGUACAGAAAUGAGGUUAGAACUCUUUGAGGAACUCUGUUCUGAAUUGUUUUAGAAAUAGGUGACUGGGAUGAGGGGAUCCCUUUAGAUAGAAGCUCUCUAAAGGGCUGAAUCAUGUUGUAUCAAUUUCUGAUGUGUUUCUGUGCAAUUUCGGAAGGAAGUGUGUCACAAAAGGAUGUAGAUCUUUUGUAUGAGACCUCAAAAUGAAUUCCAUAGUCCGAUUUAGUGUAUGCAUAUUCUUUUUUUUUUGUUUGUUGAAUAAAGGGUGCGAUUAUUUUGCCA